GAGACGAGAGAGCGAGAGAGACAGUGAAACUGCGAGGGGGGAGAGGGAGAGAGAGAGAGAGGAACCUGUACUGUGCUACAACACAAGGAGAGAGGAAUUCGCCAGAGAUAAUAAUAAUUUUACGCGAUUUUGGGAAAGUUGAGCCGCGGGUCGCUGUUGUCAGCCGCAGCGCCGGACGGUGGAGUGGAGCCUAUCUGCUCUUUAUCUCUGCUGGAUCUGGACUCUUUUAUAUUUGCUUUUGGAGCUGCUGCACCGGUCCUUUUUGUGUGUGAGAGUGUUAGAGCUGAGCGGUGUUUUAACUGGUGGAUGAUAAUACAUGAAGGCCGUGUUAUAAGAACUCACUGUUAUAUGGCCUGAAAGCUGCUGAUACACAUAAAAACACAGGAUGAAGAAGAGAAGCCAGUGAAAUGAAGAACAGGAGUUUGGUGGAUUAGCUACGCUUACACCCAGACAGAACUCCCCCGCUACUGACAUAAUGAUGACCUGAAAUUGAGGGAGAACUUCAACUUUAUUCUGAGAAAGACAUUUCAGUUUUACAUUAUAAGCUAGGCCUUCAUUAGCCUAAAGAGUACAUUUUGCUACAUGCAUCUAAGCAAAUGUUAACGCUGGUGCCAGUUGCAUACAGAGUUUCAGUCGUCGACUCACUGACAGUGCUAGAUGAAGAUGGAUAGAUGGUGUGGUGCCCAGUAACUAGAGAGUGCUAAAUGAGCUGCUGUGUUAGCAGCUGGAUUUCUGGAUGACUGAAGGCAGAUAGCAUUUUUACUGACCAACAAGGCACAACUAGACACCUCUAGAUGUGCAACUGCAGAUAGCAGUAGUUUCAAGUUUUUUUGAGCUUGUGAAAGGCCAGAUUGACAGGGUAGUUAGUUUGUACCAUGAAUCCUAGAGACAGUGUGGAGGUGAUGGAGACCCAGGCGGCAGGUCAGAAGGAGAAGCUGGUUGGAGACAAGGCCAACCCUGGAAAUGAGAUUGAGGGUGAGGAUGACAAAAUCCCUGGGACUUUUGACUGCAAUGUCUGUGGACGCAGCUUCCCAUUCCUCAGCUCUUUGUCGCAGCAUAUGAGACGCCACACAGGUGCACGCCCUUACAAAUGCCCCUACUGUGACCACAGGGCCUCUCAGAAAGGCAACCUCAAAGUUCACAUCCGCAGCCAUAAAUUGGGCACGCUCUCGAGCCAUCACUCCAACGAGGAUGACGAAGGUGUCGCAGAGGAGGAGGAGAUGAGUGUUUCAGAGGGUCUUGAUGGAGGUACGAGUCCAACUAAGAGCAGCUCUGCCUGUAACCGGAUGAUCAACGGGGAUAGUGGUGAGGAGAGUCGGAGGAAAGUGCCUGCAAGGAGCAUGAAAAGAGAGAAGUCUAUUAACGACCAGCGACCUUACUGUUGUCGUCUUUGCGGGUACGAGGCCCAGCGAGAAGACCAGCUCCUCAGCCACAUUGAAAAGGUCCACAUCACAGCGGACACAGAAGAGGAGACGGCUGUUAAGGAAGAGGCGGUGACCGAACCUGAUGUCGUCCAACCCCAGAAUGAUGGGACCUUCCCCUGUGAGACCUGUGGUCAGGUUUUCACCCAAGCCUGGUUUCUUAAGUCACACAUGAAGAAACAUGCAGGGAUCCUGGACCACUGCUGUCGCAUUUGUGGACGACGGUUCCGCGAAGCUUGGUUUCUCAAAUCUCACAUGAAAACACACAACACCAAAUCUAGAUCACGGUCAAAAGCAGACUUAGCUGAGCAUCCAGCCACCAUCAACGAUGUAGCACAGGAUCCUGAUAUCGUUACUGGCUCUGUAACAUCUAUCUAUCAAAUGUGCUGUAAAUGUGGGAACCUGUUUCACAACAAAGAGAGUCUGAGAGCCCAUGACAAGGUCCAUAGUCUCAGCUAUGGAAAAAAAUCCCAGAGCCAAUGCAGACCCAGUGAUGAUGAGGACUCACCAGCUGCUAAGAGACGUUUUCUUGACUGCUUAAACCUCAAGCCUGUUGAGGAAAAGACCCUGGAUGAGCAAGAGAAGAUUCUGGGUCAAAGAAUCCCAGAACUAGAUCCAGUUUGCAGCUACCAGGCCUGGCAAUUAGCCACUAAAGGAAGAGUUGUGGAGCCAGUGGAGCCUAGUUACAAGGCCUCCUAUGGGGGAGGAAGUAUGGGGGAGGAGGCCCUCGCUGGAGCUGCUGUGGUUUUUGAGAAGGAAAGCAGUCGUUAUGUCCUGCAAGGUCAGGAGAAACGCAGCUCAGGCAGACGUAGCAGCUCUGGGUUGGGAAGCCAUGCCUCUUCUGGAGACCGGACACCAGAGAGCCUCAGCGACUCAGAGUACCGGCCUUCAUCUCGCCAAGACCGACGACGACCAUCCCAAUCGCAGGCUUCGUCCAAGUCCAACGAGUGCUUUGAGUGUGGGAAGGUAUUUCGCAGUCGUCAUCAGAUGAUCGUCCACCAGCGGGUCCACAGGAAGGAUGGAGGCAGGGCAUCUAUGGGACACAAGGAAAGAACUGCAAGGGAUGACCGAUGGGGCUCCACCAGUGAUCCAGAGUCAGGCUCCCCCAGCCGGCCAUGCACCCCGGGGUAUGGAGACUCUCCACCAGCCUCCACCCUUGGAGAUCAGGCCUCAGAGAUGGAUACCGCAAAUUCUGGAGAGCUUUCAGAUGAGAAGCCUUACAUCUGCAGCCUGUGUGACUUUGUUGCCACAGACUCGCAGGCUUAUCUGACUCAUGUUCGUGUCCAACACCCGCCUGCCCCCGAAGAUCGACCCAGCCCCAUUCCAAGCCCCGGCUCCAGCUCGGAGAGAGGCACCCCUAGUGGUUAUCCCAAGCUGAAGAAAGCUCUUCUGCAGGGGCUGAACAACUCAGCAUCACCUUCGGCCUACCUUUCAGCUCGAUCAUCCCCACUCGAUCCCAACAUGACCCCUGUGGACCUGUGUGUGAGGGCUGAAGGCAUCAGGGGGAUAGGCUCCUUAACCUUGGACAGGAAGAGCCUCCCUAGUCACAAGUGCUCCUUUUGCUCUCACUCCACCCGCUACCCUGAGGUGCUCUGGAUGCACCAGACUGUGGCUCACCGCAUCAAUAGCAGUAGCUCCAAUCUGGCUCCUAAAUGGGCCUUUAAAAACAACUCAAAGGGCUCUAGGGACAGCUUGUUAUCCUCCAGGAGACGUACCGGUCCCCCACCAGUCCUGGAGGGAAAGGAGUGUCCGCCACUGCCUCCACUGAUGCGCACCCAACGUACCCAGCCCCCAACUUACUCCAGCGAGGUUCUAAAGAAGAGCAAGCCACCCAGUCACGCAGCCACACCAUCAUCAUCCUCUACACCCUCCUCCUCCUCGUUCUCCAGGGGUUCCUCAUCUUCCUCAGGCUCCCAAGCUGGGAGAGUCCCCGCACGGCCGGGCAGCAGCGCCAGCAGCAGUGUCAGACACAAGGAGGACCAGAGUCAUCAGUCUCGCUUCAGACCCAAAGUGGAUAUUUACCCUCGGGGAAGCUCGCUGUCAUCCUCAAGCCCGUUAGAGAAAAGCACUGGCGCCCUCCCACGUUCCUCAGCCCCGAGCCCCAGCUCUGCUACAGCUUCCAGGAUGGCAGACCGCUACUUGAUGCCUCAGGAGGGCCUCGGCUUCAUGCUAUCCAGCAAACAUGGCCUAGCAGAGUACAGCCGCGCUAGGGGCUCCCCUCAUCAACUGCUUCCCAACUCCCACAGCCAGGGCCGGGCUAAUGCAACCAGGCCCAGCACCAUCACCCAUAGCUCCACAGCAGGACACAACUAUGGAGCCUCCCAGGCACAUGGAGGCACUCCGCACACAUCCUCCUCCUCCUCCUCUUCUUCUUCUUUGCCUUCAGAGGCUCGUGGAGAUGUAAAGCAGGAGCCAAUCGCAGAGACGCCGGAGAUGCCAAGUGACAUUCUCAGCUUCCUCAAAAACUACAGCCCCCAUGAGCUGGCUGCCCUCUACCACCGAUGGGGUGUAGCCAAUACUCUGCUGGAUCCCACUGGGAUGCUGAGGUCCCUCAUGCGACAGGGGCAGUAUUUCUGUCACGAGUGUGGGAAGAGUUUCAGUCAGCCCAGCCACCUGCGCACUCAUAUGAGAUCCCAUACAGGGGAGAGGCCAUUCUGCUGCCAGCUCUGCCCAUACCGAGCCUCUCAGAAAGGGAACCUAAAGACGCACGUCCAGAGUGUCCACCAUAUGCCUUUUGACAACAGCCAGUAUCCAGACACAAGGAGCUUGUCACUGAGCCAGGAGGAGCGAGGAGCGCUGGCUGCCAAACAACCACCAACACCACAACAACAAUAACAGUCAACCCUCUGAUAGACCAGGAUCUGGACUCGGGACCAGGCUAGUCAGGGAAUCACACAACCGGACAACACCAUCAGCAUCACCAUAAAAAUCACAGGACUGGAAGUUGGACCCAAGACUCACGACUGACUUUUUGAGCCUUUCCUCUCCAUCCAUCAUCCUUUAAUGACCUUAGAAGAAUUUUCUACAAUGAAGGUUCUUGUAGUUUUUGGAAGCUUUUUUUUUAAUUAUUAUUAUUAUUGUAAAGAAGCUAGUUAAAGCUGUGCUAGGCAAUUGUAAAAUCACAGAAUAGAGCCACAGAAGAAGAGUGUCUUGUCUCCUAAUGGAAAGAAUUGUGCAGUUUGAAGUUCAGGUGUCAGGUGUGCACACAGGCGGAAACUUUACUCCACACAGAAGAAAUGAAGAGUGAAAGUGUGAGCAGGAAAGCAGCUUCUUCUGUUUUUUUUUUUGUUUUUUUUAAGUGUGAAGUUUGGCAAAAAUGAGGAAGCUGUGUGUAGUUUACAUCACCUUAUUGAUAUUUGAAUAUAGUGGCCCUCAGAAUUGAUAGAGUUACCUCUUGCUGCCAUUUUGGAGGUACCAGUGCGUAAAGUUGCUUGAUGCAGCUUUACAACAAGGAAAAACUUAACUUGAAUACAAUUGCGUUUUAAUCGCGGACUGUGGCGCUGCAUGGCUGCUGUGGUUGGCCCCCUCUCCCAUUACUUUUUUAGCUUUAUUGUAUGGAUUUGUGCAUUCCUCAGGACACCAUUCAUCUAAGAGAUGGCAUGAGAGAGGAGACGAUGCACUGCCCUUCAUCAGCAGUCAACUGACACGUUGCAAGUUCGUCUCCUCUGGGCUCUAAGUCGUGAAGAUGAAGACUUUGCAUCUGCGUGUGUGAGUGUGUCUGCGUGCACAAGUGUGUUAAACUCACUUCCCUCCACUCCAGAGUGCAGUGACCACUCUGAGGCUGUGCAGCUGAUGAUUAGAAGGAGAGAGAGAGAGUAGUGGAGAGAGGUAGGAUUAAAGAGAGAGCGAGAGAGAGAAAGAGAGAGAAUGCUAAUGGGGGUUUCUGCUUUAGUGCUCAUUAAAAAGAGUGUGCGUUUUUAAUAGCCAAUAUAAAUGAGCGUACCAUUUUUAUGGUCAUUCAAUUAUUGUCCAUUUAAGAGGAAGGGAGGGAAGUGGAGGCAGUUUUCCUCCAUAACUCCAUCAUAUUAGGGAGUGUUUCCCACACCGACACUUCUGACUUUGAAUUAGACUCCAAGCAGUGGGAGUGGCAGGAAGACGUUAGUGGAUUGCACAGACUUAACUCCAACUUAUGUACAUGCAAAGGAGAAUGUGGUACUGCUAGUGUUAGCUAAAAAGAUGCAGCUUAAUAUUUCUCAUUGCUAAAAGGCAACUCUGACUUUUUGGCCUGUCGACCGCCUUAAAAUAUAUGUGAUUAAAUCUUUGCUACCAAAAUCUUUAUGGUAGAGAGCCUGUCAUCAGCACACGAUACCUUAACACAACGCUUCCCAACUUAAGGGUCUGGACCCAUAACAGGGUCGCAAUGUAAUCCGAGGGGGUCAAGACAAGAUAGGAGAAAAAUCAAAAAUGUAAAUUCUACACAAAAUUAGUUUUUUUUUCUGAAUUUUCUAUUCCCCUUUUUUGUAAAAUAGUAGAAAUCAUCUAAAAAAAUAAGCAAUCUGAGAAGGGGAAAAUCUGAGCCAGGCUCGCCGUUUCUCCGUUUCCAAGUUUUGUGUUAAGCUAAGGUAAUUGGCUGCUAGCUGUAGCCUCAUAUUUAGCGGACAGCCGUGAGAGUGGUAUUGUUCUUUUCAUCUAACUUUUGCGAAGAAAGGAAAUAUUUCCAAAAAUGUCCAACUAUUGCUUUAAAAUUGUCAGGUUUGCUCAACAAAUUAACAAGGAGUAUAAUCCAACAUGUAUGCUGUGUAUUAGCAGGCACAGAACAAACAACCAGAGAUUCAGAACUGUUUUUGUCACCAAAUGUUUUUUGCAGACUAAUGAGCCAAACUACCAUGGCAUGAGUCAAAUUUGUUGAAUUGUGUCGUGAAGAUUUUACAUUGUAGAAGGACAGAGUGAGGAGGCCAGAGAGAGAGAAGGGGAGAGAGAGAGAGAAGCCAGAGGUCGGGGGUCAGGCUUCCAGAGAGUUCAGGGAUGAAUACACAAGGUGCAAAACGCUUUGAAGCCUAUUGGAACUGUAGAGCCGUCACAGCCUUAACCCAGGUGUGAGUGAGAGUGUACAUUAAUGCAUGUGUAUGUGCAUUCUUUUCAAACCUCUCCAUACUGUAUAAGAGGUUCACUAACUUCUGUGUACUCCAGCCUCCCUCUAGAUGCUUUGUAUACUAGCCUACCUGCUCUGUGAUGAAAGCCUGUCUUAAGUUUGUUGGCUGGUAUAAAGGUAUCAACUGUUCUUUGCAAGGAUGAACAGUUUUUGGGGUUAAUUUUUUUUCCUCUGGUGCCCUGUGCUUAGUUUUCUCCCCUCAGCGGUCUCCAAGAUUGAAUAAGCCAUGCCUUGACACGCUGGGGAAAAGAAAAAGAUAAGAAAGUAGCUCCAACUUAAAGAGCAGGAGUCACACUGUUGACUUUUUGAUCGCAAAUAAUCUAAAUUCACACCAGUUAAAGAUCACGGAGCAGACAGAGUACUGUACUUCCCAUCUAUUUUGAGACCUCAGUAGUUUUUACAUGAUGAUGAAAUGGUUGUGAGACCGGUAGGUUGUUAAGAAAAAUGCAUACAAUAUCGUGUGCUUGAAUAUGCCUAAUAAUACACACACGUGUAUGUUGAAGGCGUGGGUAGUGAAAAUACUUGAAACGGAUACUCUAGCCUUCGAGGUAGUGUAGUACUAAUACCAAUGUACAGAAUUCCCUUUAAGAUUAACUCCUCAGUUAUGAAUUUGUACUCCGAAGUGUGACUUAGAAAAACUACGAAGCAGGAGUGAGUGUAUGUAAUAUAAACUGUAUAUCUGUAAUCCACUUUUACCAAACCCUUUAUAUACAGCAGUAGAAACCAAAUGGCAUUACUAGUGCACUUAGACUAGGUUACUGCUUUAACUGUUCUCAUUUUGUCCAAUUCUAGUUAAGGUUUCUUUGAGAAUGUCUCUUUAAUGGUGCCGGCUAACACACUUCAAUGUCAUUUCUGUUUUAGAGGCUUUUUUUUUUUUUUUUUUUUUUCUUAGGGUGAGUCCGUAGAUUUUAAUGACAUGAUUUGUUCUGUGACGGCUGUGUGGCACAGCUUUUUAGCUAUGUUUCCUCAUGGACAGUUUGAUAAUACUAGGUGCAGCAGUGCUUAUUUUUUCAUAAAGAUGUAAGAGUGUGUUUUUAGUCUCUCUUUGCUAAACUGUAGGAUUUGUUCAGUAGCUAGUCAUGGCUGCCCUCCCAGAGGGGCUGGCAGGUGUUGUUCUUUCUCUUUGGUUGGGUUUUUAUCAUGCCUCUUAAGUUGUAUUAUUUGUUGUCCGUAUUGCUUUUUUUAUUUGUUAUGAACUUCAUGAUUAAUUUACCUUAGAAGACAUUAUUAUUCCAAAUGUAUUUGGUUGAUAUCUGUAUUUAUUAUCACUUCAAAAAGGAUGAGAGGACAGAGGCAGACAGGAGCAUUUGUUUUAAUUUGAUUUUUCUGGGUUGUUUUUGUUUUAUACCAUGUCGUUUUCAAGCCAGCAAGCCGAUGUGAAAGCUCUACCUCGUCUGAGCCAUUCUCAGUUCUGUUACACUUUUGUACAUCAUUUCAAAAAGAUGUAAUGUCAUGUCCACAAUAAAGACACACAAAAUGGCA